AUGGCCCAACAGCAAGAAUUCUUUUUAAAAAUGUUGGAGGAUAGAGAUGCCAACAACCGUAAGCAUGAAGCGGUUGCCGAGAACGUACCUAAUGUGGGGUCCGGGGGUACCGAAAAUGGAAUCCCAACCCAAGAACUAGCAACAAUUGAUGCAAGAGAAGUGGGAAGAGUUUGCUCCUACAAGACGUUUCUAAGUUGCAAGCCACCAAAGUUUAUGGGGUCAGAUGAUCCUGUGGCAUGCAUGAACUGGCUUCAAGAGAUCGAGCAAGCCUUCCGGGCUUGUGAAUGUGAUGAGGGGCAAAAGGCGAAUAUUGGCUCUCAAAUGCUAAGGGGCGCAGCCCUUACCUGGUGGAAUAUUGUCAUAUCAACCACAGAGUCCCAAGAGCUAGCCAAGAUGAGUUGGACCACGUUUAAAGAAAAAGUAUUGGAGGAAUAUUGCAAUGAACAAGAGAUGGAUCGCAUAGAAGAAGAGUUUCGGACCGUUAAGAAGCAAAACUUGUCAAUGAGAGACUACAUGCGACUUUUCAUGGAAAAACUGAAUUUAGUGGGACAUGUGGCUUGA